UUUCUCAUGGAUGGAGUGGAAUAUCUCUAGUGAAGUUUGAUGAUGUUUUAAUAGUUUUUAAGCGAUGGGGAUGUCUACUUUUCUUGGAGUGUCGGACAGUUUUCACCUCAGACGUUUUUGCUGUUUCUAAAGUCAACUGACGUUAACUGACGAUCUACACCAUCUGUUUAUUAGCAUUUGAAGCUCCUUUCUGUAUUAUUUAAAAUGGCUUUCUCAAAAUUUGGAAAGAUGUUCCGACUUCCUACAAUCGAAAUCAAGAAGAAAACCAAACAAUACAAUCACCUUCAACGGGAUGUAAACCCAAACGACAUGUGGGAAAUCAUCGGGGAACUGGGCGACGGCGCUUUCGGGAAAGUUUAUAAGGCCCAGAAUAAAGAAACCGGAGUUCUAGCUGCAGCCAAAGUGAUCGAAACCAAAAGUGAGGAGGAGCUGGAAGACUAUAUGGUGGAAAUUGACAUCUUGGCUUCCUGCAACCACCAGUACAUCGUCAAACUGCUGGAUGCCUUCUUCUUUGACAACAAGCUGUCGUUAGAGUUGGAUCGGGGUCUUCAAGAACCUCAAAUCCGGGUGAUCUGCAAACAAAUGCUGGAGGCUCUUCAGUACCUGCACAGCAUGAAGAUCAUCCACAGAGACCUGAAGGCUGGAAACAUUCUCCUCACACUGGAUGGAGACAUUAAGCUAGCGGAUUUUGGAGUUUCUGCCAAAAACACCAAAACCCUCCAAAGACGAGACUCUUUUAUUGGGACGCCUUAUUGGAUGGCUCCAGAGGUUGUGAUGUGUGAGACCAUGAAGGAUGCUCCAUACGACUACAAGGCUGACAUCUGGUCACUGGGCAUCACGCUGAUAGAGCUGGCGCAGAUAGAGCCGCCACACCAUGAGCUCAACCCCAUGAGGGUCCUGCUAAAAAUCGCCAAGUCUGAGCCGCCCGGCUUAGAUCAGCCUUCCAAGUGGUCAAUGGAUUUUAAUGAUUUCCUGAAAAAAGCCUUGGACAGACACCCUGAGACCAGGCCAACCGCUGCUCAGCUUCUAGAGCAUCCUUUCGUGAGUUCAGUGAAGACCAAUCGUCCUCUAAGAGAGCUGGUGGCAGAAGCCAAAGCUGAGGUUAUGGAGGAGAUCGAGGAUAAUCACGAAGAUGGAGAAGAUGAAGACCCUGCGGACCUCACACCUGUACAGGCCCCAACUAAAGACCCGUCACAAACCAGUGCAACCAGUUUGAAUGGGGACCACCCGCAUGGCACAUGUUACGCCGAAACUUCAAUGGAGAUUGAGGAGGAGCCCAGCACCCUCGAGUCCACCAAAACCCCGUUGAAAGAGCAGGAGGACAACCUUAGUGAUAAGUUUCAAGUGGAAGAUCACGAUAAACCUGAGAGCGAGGCGUCGGGCAAAGCCUCCAGUUCAGACUCAGGCAUUGAGGAUGGCAAAAGCACACCCACCUCAGAGGAGGACACCAAGACAGUUGAAGCAUCUGAACCAGAGCUUCCUGUACAGAGGACACCAACACCUGCAGAGGAACCUGAAUAUCCCUCAGAAACCAUGGAGAAAUACUUGGAGAAACCCAAAGAGCCUGAGAAAGAAGAUCACUGUGAGGAAACUCAGCCAGUGCUGAAAAGAAUUCAGUUGAAGGACCCGAACGGUCGCAUGUCUGUGGUGAGCAACAGGUCCUCCUUUGCUGGGGACGACGCGGAAAGUUUGGUUUCUCACACCAAUGGCAGGUUAUCAAAUCGAUAUUCGGAUGUGGCCAGUGAUAGCAUGGACAUCAGUCUGAACCUCUCAGGCGAUCUGUCUGUCAACAAGGAGAUGGGCACCAUCUCUCUACGGGACUCCAAGAAGACCCUGAAGCGCACCCGUAAGUUCCUGGUGGACGGUGUGGAGGUGAGCGUCACUACCUCCAAAAUCAUCACCGACGAUGAGAAGAAAGACGAGGAGAUGAGGUUUCUCAGGCGUCAGGAGCUUCGGGAUCUGCGUCUCCUGCAGAAAGAGCAGCAUCGCUCGCUGACGGUGCUCAACAUGAAGCUGAAGGAGCAGCGCGAGCAGAUGCACCGCAGGUUUGACCAGGAGAUGAACGCCAAGAAGAAAUACUACGACACGGAGCUGGAGGCCCUGGAGAAACAUCAGAAGCAGACCAUCGAGAGGAUGGAGAUGGAGCACAGCAAUUCACUGAGAGAAGAGGGGAAACGCAUCCGUGUGGAGCAGGAAAAAGCCUACCAAAAGUUCUUGGACCAGAUGAAACAAAAGAAGAAAGAGGUCAAACAAGAAGUUGAGAAGAUGCCCAGGAAUCAGAGGAAAGACACUAUGAAGAUGAAAAUGAACAACUAUCAGCAGAUGAGAUCAGACGAGGAGCAGAAGUUCAUUGCAGAUCAGAAGGAAUACCUGGACGUGACUCUCAAGAGCAUCAUUUCUAAAAACAAGCAUGAAAUCUCGGAGACCGAGCGCCAGUGUCUGCUCAAAAAGCAGAAUCUUGUCAGAGAGCGAGAGGCGACGCUCUGGGACAUGGAGGAGAAGAACCUGCAUGAGCGACACCAGCUCCACAAACAGCAGCUGAAGGACCAGUACUUCCUGCAGAGACACCAGCUCCUCAAGAAACACGAGAAGGAACAGGAGCAGAUGCUGCACUACAACCUGCGAAUGGUCGAACUUCUCAAGGCCCGACAGCAACAGGAGAGGAACAGACUGCCUAAAAUCCAGCGCAACGAAGCAAAAACGCGCAUGGUCAUGUUCAAAAAGAGCCUCAAAAUCAACUCCAGCGGCAGCGCAGCGGAAGACCGUGAAAAGGUCAAGCAGUUCUCCAGAAUGGAGGAGAAGAGGCAGAAAGCCGAACGCCUGCACCAGCAGCAGAAACAUGAGAACCAGAUGCGGGAGAUGCUCAGCCAGUGUGAUGGAAACACCAGAGAACUGCAGCAGCUCCAGAAUGAGAAGUGCCACUUACUGAUCGAAAACGAAACGCAGCGUCUGAAGUCACUGGACGAGCAGCACAACCAGCAGCUGAAGGAGUGGAGGGAACAUCUCAAACCCAGGAAGAAGGUUCUGGAAGACGAACUGACCCUGAGGAAAAGAGCAGGAGCUUUUCUUCAAGAUGACGGAUGAAUCUGACUAUCAGAACGUCGGCUCUACAAACAAACUCACCAAGUUCCUGCCGUACAUGGACUCCUCCACCACAUGAGUUCAGCCGCACACACACACACUCACAGCCAGCUUCACACAAGUGUUUUAGCUUUUUAUUAUUAAAAAAAAAAA